AUGAACAAUCAAAACAACAACAACAACCCAAUCAAUCACCAAUUUAUUGAAGAGGUUCCUGUCGUCGUUCCUACUGCUGCUGCCGUUUCCCCUGCUGCACCUGCUACUGCCACUACUGAUGCCACGGAUGCUGCUGCCACUAUUAAGUUUCGGAUACCAGAUACACGCGCUCAAAAUGGAAUUCAGCUAGCACCUUUGCUCUUAUUGAAUUGUAUGCUGAGUACAACCAGCGGUUGGAGUCCAAUCUCUAAGUGGUAUGCUCUCUGUGCUGCCUUCAGAGAUCGCUAUGAUAGGUUAAAUCCAACUGGUACGGCACGAAUUGAAAACUGGGUUUACCAUGAUGCGAUGGAGAACCCCACCAGUGAGGUGCCCACCGUGACGCCAACUACUGUGUAUGCCUCUCUUGCUGGAGAAACAAUAGAUAAUCGUGGUAAAGUUGCGGUGCUAGACAAAGCGGUCGACCAAACGAUCGAGCAUCUGGUCACCUCUAUGAAUGAGAUUGAGGCACGUUGUUUUGAUCAUGUAGAGCCCUCAAUAGAGAAACGGGACCAGGUGCAGUCUCGCAUCGCUGAGCAGAUGCAGGGCAGUUUGGAUAUUCAGCGCCAGAUGCUGAUGGUAUUGAGAAGGGGUUUCGGCUCAAGAAACAAGAACGCUACCAGCUACAAUGCGUUUGAAAACGGUGGCUAG